AUGUCCUUCAAGCCCAACCUCCCUGAUCCAGACCGCAUUCUCUAUGCAUCUCUUGUGCCCCGCCUGCAAACAUUCGGUGACCUCGAGUCUGCAUGCCGAACAUGGGAGGACCAUUUAUGGGUGCAGAACACUAUCCUAUGUAAGGAGAAACAGAUCACAGAGAUGAUUAAACUAGAUGGUGGCUUGGGAAGAUCUCACCUAAAAACUGCGCUGUCUUUAUCGACGUUAGCAGGCGAGAACCAUCUCCGUGCGUUGCUCCUCGCGCAAGUGGGUGCACAGUAUUGGCAUAUGGCACCUGCGCAUGCUAUGGAGAUGUUGGCCGUGUGCGAGACGCUUGGCGCUGGGAUGGGCGCAAAGCAGACGAACGUGAAUGGUGGAAAAGGGUUGGCAAAAGAUUCCUCGAUAUUUAAGCGCGCAAAUAAGCCGCACCGAGUAGCAAAGCAAGAGGUGUAUAAUUCUAUGUGUCGGGGUGCGGUGGAAGGGAGGGAGGGUGAGGCGGCCUUCUGCGAUGGAACCUGA